AUGGCUUCUGUGGCUUCCCUUGUUAGUUUGGGAAGUGUCACACUUUUGGGUUCGUCUGAAAGGUCCCGCUCACUUGUUAGAAAAGUUUCUUUGUCUAAGGCAAGUUUAAAGGGUAGCAGGAGAUGGCAUUGUGUAAGGUUAUCUGUGUGUAAAUGUUCGGUCACAACUACUGAUUUUGUUGCCAAGCAAGGCAAUGAGGUGUCCCUUGAUUCUAACAACUUUAGAGGAAGUACAGAUGUUUCUAAUGCCAAUGCUGAUUUUGUACUUAAGCCUUCCCCAAAGCCAGUAUUGAAGUCCUCAGGAGGGUCCAAUAAUGAACCCCUUGUAGGUAUUGAUGCAGCUGAUUGGGACCCCUCAAGGAUUAGUGGGGAUUCGGAUGAAGAAGAAGGAGAAGAAGACAGGAAUAAGGUGAUUGAGUCGCUUGGAGAGGUUCUGGAGAAGGCUGAAAAGUUAGAAACUUCAAGAGCUGGUGAAUUGGGUACUAAGAAAGAUAGUAGCUCUGUAAAUAAACCUGCACCAUCUAACGCAAGUACUAAUUUGCAGAAUGCUAAACCGGUGAACUCGGAGACAAGUAGUAAGUCUAAAACUUUGAAGAGUGUGUGGCGUAAAGGAGACACAGUGUCAACUGUGCAGAAGGUUGUAAAGGAAUCACCUAAACUUAAUAAUACAAUCCCAAAAGAGGAACUAAAAACAGGGGGAGGGUUAAAAGCAGAGGCUCAACCCCAUGCUUCUUUGAGACCCCCUCAACCCCCUUUGAGACCCCAACCAAAAUUACAAGCAAAGCCUUCUACAGCUCCUCCGCCCACGGUAAAGAAACCAGUUGUCUUGAAGGAUGUGGGGGCGGCUCCAAAAUCGUCAGGGAUUGAUGAAACUGAUUCUUCCACACAAACUAAAGAACGGAAGCCAAUUUUGAUUGACAAAUUUGCUUCCAAGAAGCCAGCAGUUGAUUCUGUGAUUUCUCAAGCAGUUUUAGCUCCUUCAAAACCAGGAAAGGGCCCUCCCCCUGGAAGGUUCAAAGAUGGGUAUCGAAAGAAAAAUGAUCCAGGUGGGCGGAGGCGGAAGGUUGAUGACGAGAUUCCGGAUGAAGAGGCCUCAGAACUCAAUGUCUCUAUUCCUGGAGCAGCUAGGAAAGGGAGGAAGUGGAGUAAAGCAAGCAGGAAGGCAGCGAGACUCCAGGCUGCCAAAGAGGCAGCCCCUGUUAAAGUAGAAAUUCUAGAGGUUGGUGAGGAUGGUAUGCUGAUAGAUGAUUUAGCAUACUAUUUGGCCAUUAAUGAAUCCCAAAUUCUUGGAUCUCUGUACGCAAAGGGAAUUAAGCCUGAUGGGGUUCAAACUCUGGACAAAGAUAUGGUAAAGAUGAUUUGUAAAGAGCAUGACGUGGAAGUUAUAGAUGCUGAUCCUGUAAAGGUGGAAGAAAUGGCAAAAAAAGAAGGAAAUACUCGAUGA